AUGCACCAGUCUUUCUACGGGUAUAAUCUCACACGGCCGUACCCCUACAGGUGGUUUACACCGGUGCUCGUCAUAGGGUUUUUUUUUUUUACAACCCUUUUUUCAUUGCUCAACGUUGCCACGAAUGGCUACGAACUCACCGCCAAAUCAACCUCAGAUCCCAAUUCCACUCUGGUUGAGAGAGACUGGCUCAGCUCCGUGCCGUCCUUCCUCAGAGGUGUGCGCUCACAGUGUGACAGCACCAUCAUACCAUUGCAGAGCCUACUAAAGACAAACAACUCGGCCUUGCCGUACACAGUCGACAGAGUAUGGAGAAGAACGGAAGGGGGCGGGAAGGAAACUCUGGGAUCCUUGGUGUAUCAUAACCAGCCGCUGCAAGAGUGCCGGGUCAUUUUCGUCGAGACCAACAUCGAGGUCCAAACUCGCUCGGCAUCACAGCUAGCCAGAAUACCCGUCGGAGGAGCAGUGGAAACCAGGGUAGAGUGCUUCUUCGAGAGCGAAGAUGGCCGGACCUUCCUCCAGCUCUCAUCCGUCUACGACCCUAUUCCCACCUCGAACAGCUCGGUGCAGUACUUCUUGUAUAGCAGCCCGACCAAGCAAGCCAACCUAUACUGGGGAUCGUGGUUGAUGCGCAUCUACUGGGCAGACAUCAUGCGGAACUUCGCCAAGAAGAAUAGCGACGAGAAAAAUCGCUGGGUCAGCGCCAACCUCCAGGUCAAGUAUUCGUCAACCAGGCCCGAGAUCACAGACGAUGAUAUGAGAAACCCCGACUUUUUCUACGUUUCGUGCUUCUUCAACAGAAAAGGCGACGGUGCGGCCAGGGGUGACUUCGACUUCGAUGUUUGCAGCAACGGCAACAACAAUAUCACGGCCCUGAGCAGCAGCGGCGCAGGGGCGUUGGAGAUGCCAGACUUUUGGUCGUCGUACAACAUCCUCUCCAAGGCCGUGUACUACACCACGUUAGCGGAUCUCGGCCGCGACGACAGGUCCAUCCCCAACCUGCUCAGCCGCCGUGCGCUGGUCGAGGAGCUGAGCCGGGACCUGAACAAGACCCGGCAGGGCCUGGCCCCCGCGUGGCAAUGGGGCAUCGGGCCCGAGUUCCCGAGCGACAAGGCCUUCUCCGCCGCGGACUACUCCGACGCCGACAUGCAGGUGACGCCGUCGGUGCUGGCCUCGACCUACCUCUGCAAGGUGCGCAGGCUCAAGGACCCGGCGCGGCUCGUCAUGGCCGUGCUCGUGUCCAACCUCGUGUUCCUGAGCGCCCUGUGGACGGCUUAUAUUUGGAUCGUCGACGUGUUCCUGGUGGGCAGGGCGACGAUCCUGGAGCUGGAACCUCCCCCGGCGCAGAACAAUGGGCGCGCGUCCCCGGCUUCCAUGUACGAGACGGAGAUGACGCCGCUGAAGCCCGAGUUUCAGAAGGGUGUCUCGGGUGGCAGUGCUUCGGUGGACGACUUUGGGAGGAUUACGAAGUAG